CCCGCUGUUCCCCGGCCCGCCGGCCGGCCCCGGGGAAGGGCCCCGAAGUAGUCGAGUAAAAGAAAAUCUUCUGGCCUCUGGGCCCGAAAGGAGGCUCGCCAAAGCACGGGGCGUGGGGGGAAGAGGGGAUCGGAGGGAUUGUCGCCUCCGUCCUGGAGUCCCCGUGUGCGUGUCUCUCGCUUGACAUUUUAUACCCCACCGCGGCCGACUCGGAGCCGGGUUGCCCGUCCCAGCCCUGAAGUUCUGUAGGUGGGGCGGGCUUUAAUUUGCUUAUAUCUAAUGAUUUCAGGAGCCUCGCUUUAAAAUGGCGGCAUUGAGUAUCCACCCCUGCUAGAGGCUCUCCCGGCACCGGGGCCACCUCGCGCAGCGCUGCUUUUGCUUCUGCCGCUAACAGAUGGCAUGUGCUGCUGUUGCUGCCGCUGCCCCCGCCGCUGCCGCUGAGAGCGGGACCCCUUAGGCUCUGGGUUCGCAGUAGCAGCCGAAGGUUUCUGGAAAGUGCCUUUUCUGAAAACUCUGCUGAUUGGAUUCCACUUUCGAGCUGCCUCUUUAUAAACCCCUCUCCCUACCACCAUCACUGCCACCUCUCCCCGCCCUGCCCCCGCAAAAAAAAACCCUGGUGUGCUUGUAGUUCAUUCUCAGCAACUCGUUCAUUCUUUUUUUCUUUGAUUCUCAAUUUUCAUAGUCAUUUUUCCUCCUCCCGAUUUUGCAGCAAAAAAAAAAAAAAAUUGCAGUUGUAACAUCCUAUUAAUCUUUAAAGCCAAGAGAUAGGUAAAAAAACUUUUCUCCCCUUGACUUGAGACCAUUCCACACAUUGACAGGCAGCCAGCAGCAUAUGCUUUUUGCGAGAAUAAUUGAAAAUAUCAACUGGAGAGCACAGAAUCCUUUUGAAACUCUGCCAGUUAUUUGAAGUAACUUCAGCAGAGGAAAAAAAUAAAGCACUCAAUAUCUUAACCUUGACGGCUGGCUUCUUAGGAGUUGGUCUCUAAUUUGAUUUUUAGUUAUUCUGAUACAAUUUUUAUUUUAUAGUGGGCUUUUUGUUUGACUAGACCACCAAAUUUGACUUAAAUGAAAACUUAAGUGCUAACAAAGAAACCUUUCACCAAAGCAACCAGUUGUCUCUUCACAUUUAGCUUGAAUUUAUUUUUAACCUUUCAACAACAGCAAUAAUAGUGUUGUAGAGAGGGUGCACUUGAUUUUAACUUUGCUUUCAAUAUGACGGCUGUCAAUGUUGCCCUGGUUCGUGAUACCAAGUGGCUGACUUUGGAAGUCUGUAGAGAAUUUCAGAGAGGAACCUGCUCUCGAGCUGAUGCAGAUUGCAAGUUUGCCCAUCCGCCAAGAGUUUGCCAUGUGGAAAAUGGUCGUGUGAUGGCUUGUUUUGAUUCUUUAAAGGGUCGGUGUGCUAGAGAGAACUGCAAGUACCUUCACCCUCCACCGCAUUUAAAAACGCAGCUGGAAAUUAAUGGACGGAACAAUCUGAUUCAACAAAAGACUGCUGCAGCCAUGUUUGCCCAGCAGAUGCAGUUUAUGCUCCAAAAUGGUCAAAUGCCAUCACUUACUUCUUUUCCUGUGACUCCAUCCCUGGCAGCUAAUCCUGCCAUGGCUUUCAAUCCCUACUUACCUCAUCCUGGGAUGGGCCUGGUCCCUGCCGAACUUUUACCAAAUGCACCUGUGCUGAUUUCUGGAAACCCGCCUCUCCCACUGCCAGGAGCUCCUGGUCCAAAACCGAUGCGUUCAGAUAAACUGGAGGUUUGCCGUGAAUUUCAGCGUGGAAAUUGUACCCGUGGUGAGAACGAUUGCCGCUAUGCUCACCCUACUGAUGUUUCCAUGAUUGAGGCAAGUGAUAAUACCGUGACCAUCUGCAUGGAUUAUAUCAAAGGUCGAUGCUCCCGGGAGAAAUGCAAGUAUUUUCAUCCUCCUGCGCACUUGCAAGCCAGACUCAAGGCAGCUCAUCACCAGAUGAACCAUUCAGCUGCCACUGCCAUGGCCCUGCAGCCCGGUGCACUUCAACUGAUACCAAAGAGAUCAGCACUUGAAAAGACCAAUGGUGCCACCCCGGUCUUUAAUCCCAGUGUUUUCCACUGCCAGCAGGCUCUGGCUAACCUGCAACUCCCGCAGCCGGCAUUUAUCCCUGCAGGGCCAAUACUGUGCAUGGUACCUGCUUCAAGUAUUGUGCCCAUGAUGCACGGUGCUACACCUACCACUGUGUCUGCAGCAACACCACCUGCCACCAGCGUUCCCUUCGCUGCAACAGCUACAAUCAAUCAGUUGAAAUUCUGAACAACAGAGUUAUGGAGUAUCAGAAUCUCUCCGUGAGAACCUCCAUAUGGCCUUUCUAUGUAUAUUCACGUAUGUCCUCUUCUACCAACACAACAAUAAGCAUGGUGCAGUCAAUAUAUUAAACAAAACAAACAUACCAACCAACAAAUUCGAAUAAAAAACAAAGCAUCAAACAAUCAAUGGAGAUGUUAAAACACCAACAGAAAACUAACAACUACCAUCUGUCUAUCUUAUUUGAAUUAUUAGGUAGAACAGCAUAACAUUUUGUAAUUUAUCACACUAUUCUUUGUGAUUUUCCAAUAACCAUUAUGCUGAGUGAAUCUCUACAGUGGACUGCUGGCUUAUUGUGCAUUCUUGGUGGAUAAAUGUUCAGUCUGUUUGGAAGUGUUACCUUACCAUUUUGUUUACACAGUAGUCUGUUGGUUUGAUUCAGGAUGUAACAAAUAUAUCCAAUACCAUUUUCCCCAUUACUGUAUUGCAUUGUAUUGUAUUGUGGUGUGUUGUGUUAGGUUUUUACAUACUAUAGUGUUUUGCUGUAAUGUGUGGUGUUUGAUUUUAACUAAAAUGCUAUUAAUGGGAAACAGAAACACAUGUGCUUGAAAAACAUGAUAGGUUAAUGUUGAUAUGCUCUCUCUCUCUAGAAUAUUUCUGUAGUUUUCUGGAGGCAGACGUUUAAAAGGCCUCACUUUUGAGUGUGUCCAAAACCUGUUCAUAAACGUGCACGUGUAUAAUUUGUACCUGUAGAUCUGACCUUGCAUAGUACAAUCACAUUACUGGAUUUUUUUUGUGAGAGAGAAAUAAUUACCUGAAAAUAACAGGGAACUUCUUAAAACAUUAACCCGAAUUUCACUCCUUAAGUAGAUUGAAAAACUAGAAUUUACCUUUAAGUGAAUUUCUCAGCGUAUAUACUAAAAAUUAUGUAAAGUGCCCAUUACAUUUUUUGUGGCUCAAGGAUCCUGUCUUCUAGGUUGAGUGUCUAAAACGGAGCCAUUUGUCAUUUUCAGCUGAAAAAUUGGUUCUUGGAAGCUUAAAGGUAUUCUAAUGACAGGUUAUAAAUUAAGCAGAGAGAGGGGGGCUUGGAGCUAGUUUUUACAUAUUGGAGGAAAGUGUGUAAAAACCAUUGCAAUGUAACCUUUGAUACAAGUGCCACUUUCUGAAUGCAAAUGGCUCACGCUCUUUAGACUACUCUUUGAAUAAUAAGUAAGAUGCAGUCUGGAAAAGUCAGUCAGGGUGAAGGAGAAUUGGUUCCAAGUGAGGCCUUUCCUCCCCAAAUGGACAGUCUCUUCUGUUCAUCACAGCUGGAAUCUGAGUAUAGAUUUGGAGAAAUGGCGGGACUGGGGAGGGAGGGAGGGAGCCAUUUGAAAUUACUCUUCGAUUUAUUUAAAAGUUCUAAGAAGGAUGUCCACAGUUGUCUUUAGCCUCAGUUCAGCUGAGUUUCCAGUUUUGUUAAACAUUUCAGUGAAGGAGCAAGUGCCUGUGAUAUGUUAAGUGUUGCCCUUCCCAAACUUUAUUAACAGCAGAAUCUCUCAUAUCAUAACCAAGCCUCUUUUUUUGUUUGUUUGGAUUUCUUUGUUUUUAUAUGUUUUGAAAAUCAUAAUAGAGACGAAUAGAGAGGUUUGUAACACCCUUUGGAUGAGACAGAGUGGCUACACUCCACAGAGCUGACCUGAAUUCACAUUACUAAUACUUUUGAAAUAAUUGUAUAACCAAGUAAAAUAGCAAUUAAUUCCCAUGGUAUGUCACAUACUUCUUCCACCCUACUCAGUAAUUAAAGUUACUAUUAUUAAUCAGUGGUAGAACCAUAUGAUAGUUUGCAUUGAUUUAGAUAGAUUUAAUAUUUUCUACUAAAUAUGUGUUCUCUCACUGGAAAGUAUAAAAUCAUCAAAUUUGAUGUUCAUACCAAGUUUAUUUUUCUCCUUCAUGAAAAUGACAAGCAAAGGGAAAAUCUGAUUUAGGAUACCUUAAGCCGGCUAGUAGUGUUUGAAUCACAGAACAGUGGAACUGGCAAAACCUUUUCACAGCCAGGGCAUGUGAUUCACCCAGGGCUGCCUAACUACUUGGUAGCAGCUGGACCCAGAAAUAUCUCCUGACUCCUGGUUGUUCACCUUUUUCACAUUGUUUGUGCUUCAGAACAUUUGAGACUCCAUCCCAAAGCAGAUCAUUUUGGCUCAGAAUACAAAAGAGCAAAAUUAACUCCUCAGUAGCUGAUAUCCUGUUGAUCUUAAUUAUCAAUCCAAAUCAUGAUCAUCAGGGAUUUCUAAAUGGUCUUGCUUGUACUGAGCCAUUGUCAUCUGCUAACAGUAUUGUCUGGAGUUAGAGAGCAAGAGGUGUCUUGACUUUUACCUUUUGGUCCUUUGAACUACUUAAUUUCUGUUUCCCAAAAUCUUGACAUUGCUAGAGAAGAAAGUAGAAUAUGCCUUUGUGAAAUUACUUGUGUUUGGAACUGAGUUUUGUAAAACCUGUGCUGGUGCCUCUCAGGAAGGGCAGAUUUGAUCACAUGAAUCCAGGAGGGAUGCACCUGAGCUACUCUAGAUAUAUUCCUUAAAAGAGAGACAUUUUCAGUGUGAAAUGAACUUUUUUGUCAUUUCACAUUUUGAUACAGCAUACUGUCUCACUUAACUUUUUAAACUUCUGACAAAGAUGUACAUGGACAGUAAACCUAGAGUACAGCUGUUUGCAUGUUGCCUUAAGCACUGGAAGAUAUGAAUAAUGAUGUAUUUUUUAGUAAGAGGUUCAGUGAGAGAUAUUCAGGGUAGUGGUAUUUUUGGUGCAACAAUUUUUGAUAUUGUUGGCAUUUUAAAAGUUGCUUUGUGAGUGAAUUUAAAGAAAGAAAACUCAAAGCACUAAGGUUUUGAUCAGAGGUGAAAGAAUUUUGACAAAAAUGCAAUUUUAAGAUAGCACUCUUUAACUAGUUGUGCAAUGACUUAUUCAAGUGAUCUUUAUUCAAGAAAAGAAAAGAAGUCAUUAGACUAUAAAUUUCUGGUGAAAAAGACAAGUCACAAAACUAAUCAGUGACUCUAAACAACAAUUUACUGGAUGGACUGUAUAUAUAAAAUUCUAAUCACUUGUGAUUCUUAGUUAACAUUUUAUAAGCUUUUUAAUUUACAAGGGCCUCUUUUUAUUUAUCCAAAAUUAUUGUUUUUGUCCAUUCCUCUCAGCCUUUUGCAAAAAUACGCAAGCGUGCUGAAACUUGGAUAAAACAGGUCAUGUAUACAGAGAAAAUAAUCUAAAGGUUUUCUUUUAAGAGGGUUUUAGUAGUGUCAGAUUUUUUAAAGCACUAUGUGACCACAACAUAAGUAUAUUCUAAAGAGGAUUAAGAAACUUAAAUUAAAUGGAUUCAUAAAAUCCGUGCAGUAUUUGCUUUUGCAAUUGGAGCAUGAUUCCUCAACUAGCUGUCGCAUUUCAUUGCAUUUGUCUAAAUUAGAGUCUUUAAUUUGUAGUUAAUCAUGAUAUGAAAAGCUAUCCUCUCCCUAUUCCAUCAGUCUUUGCCAUCCAUUUCUGAACACGCUAAAGCACUUUGAUCUUGCCAUAAGUGUUGUCCUCCACCACUAGGCUGUGUUCACUAAUGGGCAGCCUCAGCUCACCAGCUCUCCAAUGGGGGCAAAGCAAGUACCUCCUCCUUACCAUCAGCAGGAACCAAAUAAAAUUAAUCUUUACAACAUGAAUCUCUUUUUCAUGGCAUGACCAGUAAGCACAGUGAUGUCUGAUUAAGGACAGCAUUGACAUCAAAUUUUAUUAAAUAGUACGUAGGGAAGGCCUGUGUGCUACUUGGAAUGUUAUUUGGUCCUUCCUCCACUCCUUUGGAGAGUACAUGAGGAUGCUCUUAGGUAAAAUGCAGCCACACGUUUUCAAGUUAUUUCAGUCUGUAGGGUAGGCUGUGAUGCACAGAACGAAUUGAAACUGGAAUCUUCUUUCUUUGAUCUCUUCUACAUUUCACACACUUUGAAAUAGAAAUAGGGAAAUAUGAUUGAGGGAAAUAUGAUUUCCCAAUUCUGUUGAAUAGAUUUAGGAAGAUAGUGGCCUCAUUUUUAAUUUUACCAGUGCCUGUCAAAGGCAAUAGAAUAAACACUAUGUAAAAGAGUAUGACAAGUUUUUUUGCAAGUUUAGUUGACAGCCUAAUCAAACUGUAAAUAUAAUGACAAAUAGAGGUUCUGGGCACCAACUCACUAACUGGUGCCACGUUUUCAUUUUUCUUAUUACUUUUUAAAGUUUUUAUUUUAUUCCCUUUUCAUAUCUUUAAGUAUCAUUAGUAUGAAUUUAAUUUUGAAGGAGAGUUAGAGAAGCUUUAAGAUUUUACUACAGGCAUUCAACCCGCCUAGAUAGGUCCUCAACUGACACUGAAAAACAACAAGGUAUAGAGUAUAGUUCAUAACUAUUCCUUACAGUUCACAGUUGAAGAACAAACUUAACUUUAUAUACAAAUAAUAAUUUUUAACUAAUUGUAUUUAGUUGUUGCUUUAGCAACAAACCUACAACAUGGCUACCUUUAGACAUUUUUUUGUGCGUGAAAAUUUUACUUGUAAACUCUGUGGUUUUUGACAGUGUGAGCAUGUAGCAGAUACAGCUCAAAGCUCAGAAAUAGAUAUGGUGGAUUUUUCUUUUUAAUCCAAAUUCCCAUGUGAAAACUGAAUUUGUGUCCUUGUGUGACUUUUUUGAGCAAAAAGUUUACAACAUCUGGAUUCUAGAAUCAGGCUUUAGAGCUGAUAGAAUUUGUUGUGUGGAUAGGGUUAUUCCACAGUAUUUAGACUCCAAAACACAAUCGUAUUUAUAAUAUGCCCCGAUCUCUUUCCAUAACCUUACUUAUUCAGAAUCAUUCUAUUCAAGUGGCAUAGCUGUAGCUACAAAAAUUCUCUUUUACAAAUCUAUCCAAAUGAGGGUUAAAGAAUGACAAAAGCACAGAUUAAAUUAAUUCAUCUUUGUGAAACCAUCCAUACAGAUACUGUGGAAUGACCCCAUAACAGUGUUGAAGAGACAUAUGCUGCAGUUAACUGAUGGUCUCAGUUAGGGUGCGAACGUGUGAGACACACCUUUUUUGCACUUAUGUACAUAGUCCAUGAGAGCGAUCCUUGGAGCUUUUUUUUUUUUUUGAUAUAAGAAGUCUGUGAUAAUAGUGGAAAAGUUAGUAAGAGAGAGUUAUUUCUAAGGCUUUGAGAAGAAGGGUUUGUUUUUUUUUUGCUACAAGACUUAACUAAAACAUGAUGUUGCUUUGCUGUUGUGGAGGCUUUCUAGUUUGCUAGGGCUCGUCAUAAGACAAGACUGGUUACAGUUUAACACGUCAACUUGAGCUAACGGCACUAAACAAAAGUUAAGGUACUUCAGCUUUUAGCAAGAUUGCUAGCAGAGAUCGUUUGUUUUUAAAUUAAUCCUCACUGUAAACACACACACACACACACACACACACACACACACAGGCAGCAGGUUUCUGGCUGAGGUCUUUUUUCAAUGGUUGCAAGGAGUUGUAAAUUGCAAGAUGGAUAUUCCCAUUCUGAUCUACAUAGAUUUCAUCUUUCACAGAAAAUGGUCGAUUGAGAUAUAUCGGUUACAUCGAUCAAUAUGUAUUUAAGUGACAAAUUGCUAACAUUUGCCACUAUUUCCCCUUCAAGAUCCAGAAGCCGAAACCAAAUUGGCAACUACUGAAAGGUGUAAUUGAACAGUUAAGUAUGGCCAGCACAGAGCAUUUCAUUCCCUUCAGCAAAGGAAAAAAUGCUUCUGGCACAAUUUUAGAAACGGCUGUUUUCUGACUUACCUUUACCAGAUGAGACAGCGCUUCACUGUGCCACUUCAGCCUCCUACUCUUUUAACGAAACAGAAGAGAACUAGCCGAAAUCUUGUGUACAUCAGAGCUGUAAAAGAAUGUUUCAAUCAGAUCACCUCUGCCAAUUUCAGCUCCCACAUCACCUACAGAUCACCAUUUAUCUUUUUGUUGCCUCCAGGCGAUGAGGCCUAGAAAAGGUCGAGGUUAGAAAGGUUUAAGGAUAGAUCACCAUGAGGGCUUUGAGUCCUUCCCAUCUUGAGGCCUGUUGUCCUUGCCCUGGAGAAGGAGCCCAUCUUGGGAUUGAGGGAGUUGUUAUUACUAUUGCUACCCAUUUUGAUAGUUCUCACUUACAGAGACAGGAAAAUAAGCCAAAGCCAGAAAGCAAUCCAAGCCUUACAGUUGUCCAAUAGCUCAGGGCCAGUUGGUUAGAAAUGUCCUUUCCCCCCCCCCCUUGAGCCCAUAACCACAUAGAGUCAGCCAUACAGCUAACAGCCUGACCAUCUGACCCGUAUUUCCAUUGAUAGAAAAUGUAAGCAUUCACUCCUUCUGUAGUUAGGAACUCCAACUUUAACCUUAUCACCAACAUAUUUCCCCAACUUAACCCAUGUUCUUGUGUUGACAUUUCCUUGUGAAACUAUAAGCCACACGAAUAUAUUUUCAUAAGGUCAAUAGAAAUAUAGUAAGAUUUUAAGUCAGGCAGAAUCACCUAUGAAAUAGUAAGAAUGAACCUAGAAGCAUCACAAAAGAUAACCAGUUAAUUGAUGGCAUGUGGUACAUACUGACAGCCACUAUGUCACACUCUUUGGAGCUUAAACACAGUGCUGUCUUUUAAGUAAGUAAAAUUAGAGAAUGAAAGGACCUCUAUUAUUAAGCCCAGGAAAGGAUUUAGUUUGACUAAUUCAGUUUCCAGCCCCUCCACUUGUUCUUUCCUGAAAGAGAACCACCCAUCAAUACUCCAGAGCAGGGUUAUUCCAGAGGAAUUUUAUCUUUAAAUAGAACCCAUCCUCAAUUAUAGCAUAUCACUGUGAAAUAAGUCACAGGUAUAUCAUUAUUACUUUAAUUUUUAAAAAAAACCCUGUAACAAGACCUAAAAGUAACCCAACUUUAAGCAGUGCUCUUUUCUCCCCAAACACACAACCUACAACAUUGAUCUGUCACAGAACUGCAUGAUUCCAAAGCUUUAUUCCGGUAUACAGAUGCUGUUUGUUAAUGAUGGAAACCAAAUUAUUUUCUUGCUGUGUCUUUUGUGUCUAGCAGUUGAGAGAAUUACAUGACCAUUAUAUCAUUGGACUCUGGGAUUGCCCUUUUCAAAAUAAGUUUCCUUUUAUUAUUGUUGUUGCUUUAAUUAUUAGAAAAUGAACAAUUUGUGACAUGCCCCCAAAUUACAAUAAUUUAAAUAAGUUUUCUUUAAAAGAGGCUCCAAAAUAUACUCUUUUAAAGGGCUAAUUUUAUGCAUUUGUAUAACAACAAUCCAGUAUAAUGCAGAAAAUGGAAGCACAUAUUUUGGGCAGAAAAAUGCCAAUUUAAAAAUACUUAUCAAUAAGAAAAUUAUUAGCCCUGUGCAACACUUAUAGAUUUAAAUAAUGAUCACUGUAUUUAAUAAAUGUAAACUGUUCCCAUAAUGUUUUGCCUCCAAAAUGCAAUAGCUCAUUCCCUCAACUGCUAUCAAUAGGGCAGAUGCUUUGAUUUUGGGGUGUUUUUUCCCCAAGUUAUAGUGCUGUACUGCUUGUUUGUGUUUAGAAGUGUGCAUUAUGGAAUUCAUUUUAGUAUGCUAUUUCUAUGUUGUUUAUUUUUUGUUCUUUCAAUAAAAUGUGUAAAUUUC